CGAAAGGCAAUCAACAGUAUUGCUCACCCAACGUAUUUCCCGAGGUGAAUCUUGACGCCAGAUGUGCUUGUGCUAGCUUACACGUGUGUUCUUCCUGGGAUAUCCACGAGUCCUGCGCGGGGUCUGGCCAGUUGACAGACGCUAUGUGAGGUGUGCCCUUGAGUGUGAUCUAGAUGAUGGGGAAGAUUUGGUUGCCUCCGCCGAUAUUCCUUGGCAGCUUCCUGUGCUGGCUGGUUCUUUCCCACAGUCUUCAGUACGAUGCCCCGCUCGACCAACACACCGCCAUUUCUCAAAGAGAGGAGGCGAUACGGAAGAUCCUGGCUACCUAUGAUGCUAACGUUCCACCAAACUUUGAGGAAGACAUCGCUACCCGGGUCACUGUGCAGAUAUACAUCGUCAGUUUUGAUUCCAUUAGUGAAUCGACUAUGGAUUACUCACUGACAAUCUUCCUGCGUCAAACAUGGCAAGACACACGUCUGAGAUACGGUUCCCUUCCGAAUAUAGACGCUCUCGAGCUGGACACACGUAUCAUGUCUCAAGUCUGGGUUCCAGAUCUCUUCUUCACCAAUGAGAAGAGAGCCGACUUUCAUUCUAUCACGGUGCCAAAUAAACUCAUGCACGUGUACCCUAACGGAACAGUAUUGUACAGUGCCAGAAUUUCGAUGACGCUGAGCUGCGACAUGCAGUUACAAAAAUACCCGUUUGAUGAUCAAGUGUGUUCGAUACUUCUAGAAAGUUAUAGCUACUCAACCAAGAACGUCAUCUUCGCGUGGCACGACAACCCGAUCGUCAAAAGGAGUGAUCUAUCCCUACCUCAGUUUGACCUGAUUGGCUGGACCACCGACGACUGCACUAAAACAUACGUCAGUGGCAACUACACGUGCAUUCGUGGGGACUUCCAGCUGUCCCGCAACUUCGGCUACUACAUUGCACAGGUAUAUGUCCCCAGCAUUCUUAUAGUCAUCUUAUCCUGGAUGUCUUUCUGGCUGGACAUUGACGCAACGCCUGCUCGCAUUUCAUUGGGCCUCCUCACUGUUCUCACCAUGACAACACAGAGUUCCGGUGCACGUGCAAGCCUUCCACGUGUGUCCUAUGUCAAGGCCAUAGAUGUAUGGAUGGCCAUGUGUUUGAUUUUCGUGUUUGCAGCCUUAUUGGAGUUUGCUUACGUCAACGUCAUGGCGAGAGUGGAACGACGUCGUCAGACCAUCAGCGGAAACAGCCGACCGUCAGUGUCGGGCGAGGAACUGGCGCUGGAGCUAGAAAAACAGAACGGCGCACGAGGGCGAGGGCGUCGUGGGCUGUCAAAGGUUUCAAUGAUGAGACAAAAGGCACGCUUAAUGGACAAAAUAUCUCGGUAUCUCUUCCCCGGGGUGUUCCUGGCUUUCAACAUCAUCUACUGGAUGGUGUACAUGCUGUGGGAGAACUCCAAUACAGACUAG